CUUCCUUUCAAUUUUCAUUCCAAUGGCACCUAAAAAAAUAUCUCGUACCAUUUACUUAUUAUUUACAAAGCAACAUGGUCUUCACGUACAAACUGAUGCUGUUCGUUAUCUUGAAGAAGUAUUAAAAAACGAUCCAGAUUAUGCCAAUUCUUUAGAUACCAUAUUGAAAUCCUAUCGCAAAUGGAAUGAAGACAAACCUGUGGUUAUUGUCGAUAAGGCUUCCUUGGAACAAGUGGUUCAUAGCCUAAAAGCAGAAGCACAAGCAGCCAGUAUCAAGACUCCUUUCCAAAAAGAACAUGAACUUCAGGAUUCUUUACAAGAUAUGACUAUUCACGAAGAAGCUAUUGAUGUUACUCAACAUUUCCAUGUGGCUGAUGCUUUUAAAUUACCACGUUUACAAUAUGAUUAUCAUCGAAAAGUGUUUUUAACAUCUCCUCAACCAUCUGCUUUAUUGGGUUCUGCUGGGGAUAAGGCAGAAAUGUAUCGCGAUCGAAUGAAUUUGGUGAAACAACGAUUAUUACGGAAUGAACGCUUUUGUCCAACAUCUAUGCAUUUGGAUAAAGAAUCUUAUAUCAAGAUUACACCUAUUAAGGCAUUGAUGGGAAGGGGAGCUCAAUUAUUCACUAUUUUCGGUAUGCUUACUCAAUUGGAAGAAGGCAAAGUGUUUUUGGAAGAUGAAGAUGCUCAUAUAGAAUUGGAUUUAUCUGAAGUGACUUUUGAAAGUGGAUUAUUCACAGAUGGUACUUUUGUGAUUGUUACUGGUAUUUAUGGUCAAGAUUUAAUAUUCCAUGCACAUGACAUUAGCUUUCCUCCUCCAGAACCAAGGAUAAUGACAGAUAUGCUAUUCCCUCAUGUUGACUUUACUAGCUUACCGAAACUGAUGGUGGAUGAAACACAAUUACAAUUGGAAGAAACAAAGAAUGAUCAAAUCUCAUUUAUUAUAUUAUCAGAUGUCUUUCUGGAUCAACCAAAGGUGAUGAAUGCCCUUCGUAGGAUAUUCGAAAAAUAUGGAACUGAAAAGAUACCUUUAGCAUUUAUUCUUAUUGGUAAUUUUUCAAGUCGAGCUCAUAUCAAUAGUGGGAUGGAAUCAACACAAUAUAAAGAAAACUUUAUGGCAUUGGCAGACUUGAUUGGCGAAUUCACAUCCAUUGCGACAUAUUCCAACUUUGUUUUUGUACCUGGAUCUCGUGACCCAUGGGGUGGCAGUAUAUUACCACAACCAGCUAUUCCAGAUAUGUUUAUUUCACGAAUGCAUCAAAAGGUGAAACGACUUACUUUUGCCACCAAUCCAUGCAGAAUCCGUUAUUGUACUCAAGAUAUUGUGAUCUUUAGAGAAGAUAUCCUCAAUAGACUAUGGCGAAAUGUUCUUUUGAAUCCAAAUACUCAAGUUGAACCCGAACCUGUCAAGCAUCUGGUACGAACAUUGAUUGAUCAAGGUCACCUAUGCCCACUACCACUCUCCGUACGACCGAUCUAUUGGAGUCAUGAUCAUGCUAUGAGAUUAUAUCCCUUACCACAAUCACUUAUCUUGGCUGAUCAUUGUGAAAAUUUUGCAAUUAAUUAUGAAGGCACUCAUUGUCUUAAUCCUGGAAGUUUCGCCAAUUCAGACUUUUCAUUUGCUAUAUAUUAUCCUGGUAGAAAAACAUCAGAAAGAUGUUUUGCCACUGAAUUUUAGAUUAGUUAGUUGGUUAGAUCAUCAUUUUUUUUUAUCUUCCGUUUGUACAUUAGAAAUCAUCCCAUCCAUUCUCU